AUGGUGUUCGGGUACAGUGGACAGCUUCACGUGUCAACGCCGCUAGACGAGAAAGGCGAACGAGCAAUGCAGAUGUAUCAGUUCGGAUACUAG